CAUCAAUUUGCCAGGCGACGACGGACGCUCUUCGAAACAUGAUAUCUUGGCUGAAUAAGGAUAGACCAACCGUUUAGGAUCAAUCAAGGCAAAGCUUCUUUGAAGUGAAUAAAGUAGAAGAAGAACCAAUCUAAGUGACUGACGUUUAUCAUCAUAAAUCUAAGUUGGAAUGAUGUCUUCCUACAACCUCUCUCCAGACUAGUGAUGUCAUCAAGCAAACCUCAAUUUAGUUUAAACGACAAGAUGAUAACUUGACUAAUUCUUCAAGAAUAUUUCUUAUUUUAACUCCAUGAAGUACAGUGGCUAAUGCAAGGAAUCGCUUCAUUUUUUUAACUCUGAGGAUUUGUCUUCUAAAUUGUUCCAAGACUUUAUAAACAAACUUGAUGUAUUGCUGACAUUUAUGAGUUAGACCGCCGAGUCUUCCUCUUUCCCUGGUAACAAAUUGGAGUGAGUUCAUCAUCAUCAUCUACCAAUGAGGAACACCCCUUUAGAAGCUGGAUUCUCCCUAGGAUUCUCGUACUGUUUACCGAGGCCAAGGAAAUCUGAUGUGACUUUUUGAUGACAUCGAGACAAUUUUUUUUUUUACUGAGGAGUUAGUUUAGCAAGCCAGAACAAUGUCGCUGAGGACCAAAAUAAACGGCUUUACGUCGUGGGUGAACCUUCGGCUGAAACCGUACGAGAUGUUAAUGAAUAAUGUCAUCAUGGAUCUACUGAAAGGAACUAACCUUAAGAUGCUCCUACAGAGCAUGACUGGAAUUGAUAAUAAGAAAUUGCAGAACUUUGAUGGCAUGACUCAGCAGCAAAAAACAACCAGAGUUGAGUGGAUUGUAAAGGAAUUAAAGGACACUGAGGUGAUACCAGGUGAUGUGUACGUAGACUGCAGACUCUUUGCUAUGAGACAUGCUGAUCAUGUGUUUGAGUUACUAUGGAGACUGUCAACUCAUGAUAUUUGGUUUACAUGGGAACGGUUGGAGUACUUAAUGCAUCAUAACGACAAGAUUCUGUGUGAAAUACCAUUUGAGUGGACUCCAAGACCACCUCCUGAGAAGAAGAAGAAGAAGCGAGUCAAGUACAAUAAAUCUUUCUUAUCUGGGUUUGGAGGAGCAUCGUUAGUUGCUGAGGUUAUACCUUCAUCUCCAGAACCUGCUGAACCUGUUGCACCUGUUAAAGAUCCACUUUACAUCAAGUAUCCUGGAGAAGACUUCUGCAAAAAGUUUAAACCCAACAAAAAAUCUUGGCCAGUACCGAGCCCAUCGGAUUGCAUUGUAGAAAUGGUCAACACACUGUUGAAUACUACACGAGAGGGGAAGAAGUUAAAUGUGGAGAGUUUGGAUGACAUGGUAGAUAGUCGAGUGCUAUGUGCUCUAGUCAAUGCCUUCGCACCUGGAACGUUUACGACUGAAGUUAUGUUGAAUGAUCGUUGGACGAUAAACCUGGCUCUAAGGACAUUUGAUAAAAUGGUCCGAAUAAAUACACCUGUGGACUCACAGGACCUUGUAGAGGCUGACAGCAUGGCUAUAUCAACCUACAUGAUUGUUUUCUUUAUGUGUGGUUUUAAGCUGCGUCAAUCUAAAGCUGUUCUUGGCAGGAUGAAAGAGUUGGAACAUUUAUUAAGAUCAGCGAGACAUGAACUGGAUGCCUUACCUGAGAUUCUCAACAAUUUGGAUAUGAUCCAGAAACGCAAGAAACUAAACGAUAAUCUACUCAGUUAUGAACAAGAGGUGCUGAAGAUUAAGAGUAAGUUCGACGUCAAGGCUUGUGAAGAUUGGAGGAAACAUGUGGUUCAAAUCCAGAUAGAGACUCGAGAGAUUGUUUCUAAGAAGAUGAAGGAUCGGUUUGACACACUAACAAUACCAAGAGGAGUGACCAUCAAUGACCUUUGUUUAUCCCUCGUUGUGAAUCUGACUCUGACCAAUGGAUCAGGAUUCUACCUUCUUAGAGGCAAAGAGAUCGUGACGCCUGAACGUCGUAUUGUCUUGAGAGAUCUUAGUACCGGAGAAUUCCUGGAUGAUUUCACUCACGGUAAAGGACUCAGUAAAUUGAACAUCAGGAAAACGCUGAGUGUGUCUUCAUAUGAGGUUGCUGAAAUUAAUUCCAAUGAUCAUCCACAGUUUGAGGUUUUUCUUGAAAGUCCUUCAAAGAACAAGCUUCUUAAAACUGGAGCAGUGUUCUUGUAUCAAGUCUUUCCUGGUAACUUCUCUCAAUGGGAGAGUCUUUUCUUCAAGGCAUGUAAACUUGGAGAGAUCGACAUUGUAGAGAAGAUGGUGGUGUUCUUCCGAGAUAAGAGGCCAGGGUUUAUCAAUGCUAAGGAGAAGAAAACUGGGAACACGGCUCUCCAUAUGGCUGCUAGGAAUGGUCACUAUGAUAUUCUUCUUUUCCUUCUUGAGAAUGGAUCUAAUAUUGACGCUCGUAAUGCUAACUUAUCGACAGCUUUCUUCAACGCAGUAGAAGGUCUACAUCGAGGAAUCAGUCAGCUAUACAGAGUUGCUGAUGUUUCUGGAAAUGCCGUCUACGCUAACAGCAUGGGUCACCAUAACAACGCUGCAGAGCUUUUAGUCGAAUGGGGAACUAAUAUUUACAUCAAGAAUAAGCAGAGCAGGACAGCGUUUGAUGUAGUUCGCAGCGAUGAACAGAAAAACAUGAUAGUUGAAUAUUAUGACCAUCUUCAAUCCUGCAUCCCUAAGCUAAUGAGAGGAGACACUCAGUUACUUAAGAAGCUCGUUGAAGAUCACGUGACUGGAGUUAAGGGAUUUGCAAGUCUUAGAAGCAGAUGCAUUAAUGGAAGUACGUUACUACACACUGCUGCUUACUUUGGGUCCAUUCCUGUAAUUAAAGAACUUCUUAAUGAGAGAGUUGACGCUAAUCUUCUGGACUACAAAGGAGCGACACCGCUUCAUAGAGCAAGAGACAAAGACACUAUCAGGCUGUUACUUGAGAAUGGAGCCGAGUUGAAUGCUAUAGAUUCAGAAGGGAAUACUCCACUUCAUGUGAAGUGUUACGGAGAGGCGGGUAAAGCUACCUCUAUUGAUUGCCUCAAGGAACUGCUUGCUGAGAGUAUUAACCUGAUUCAUCGUAACAAUAAAGAGUUACUAGCAAUCCACUGCUGUGCCAUGCAAGGACGCAUCGAUGCAAUCCAACUACUUCUAGACUCCGACCCUGAUGGAAAUAUAAGACAAUCUUUACAGAAUGAAGAUCCGAAAUCCCCACCAAGUUUACUUCAUUUAGCUCUGGCCAAUGACUUCUUGGAUUGUGCUGUUUGGUUGCUGGAACAAGGAUUCAACUUCAAGGAACAUGAACAAGAUAUACUAGUUCAUCGGAUAUUAACUGAACAGGUUAAAAGUAAGAAGAGACUUGAGAUGAUGAGAUUUCUCUUCCAACAUGGAGCAGACUUGGAUCAGAGAUACUCUGGGGGAAACACACCACUACACUACGCUGCUGGUAUGACUGGACCUACAGAUAUCCUAGAGUGUUUGAUUGAAUAUGGAGCUGAUGUAGACGCUGUUAAUGAAGAUAUCUGCUCUCCGCUGUUCUUUGCAACUCAAGCAAAUAAUUACUAUGGAGCAAGCGUCUUACUACAAGCAGGAGCUAAUGUAAGACAUAAGAAUCUUCAAGGGCUGACAUCGUUUGAUUGCAUCAUUGAUUUUGAUGAAUGGUUGGAGUGUGGCUUCUUCACUGAUGAGAUUAAAGCAAGACUAAAAGCUUACAGUUUGAAGCACGCUCGUGACCUCGUCCGUGCCAUCACACAAAAGGUCAAAGGUUACCACGGGAAAGGUCUAUAUGCUCAAGUGUCUGCACUUUCUCUGAGUUCACCGCAGAGAAACCCAGCGAUAUCGGCGUCAAUGAAACAACGUAAGCUGAAUAACAGUCCAAGCACACAGAUGAUGAAGGGAAAUGGAGCAAGUCUACCUCCUUUAAGACCUAGAGGAUUCCUUACGAUAUGACACCAUUCUCUUUAAAGGAACUCAGCGAUCACAGCUUCAAUGAAACAACAUAAAGCUGAAUAACAGUCCAAGCACACAGAUGAUGAAGGGAAAUAGAGCAAGUCUUCCUCCUUUAAGACCAAGAGGAUUCCUUACGAUAUGACACCAUUCUCUUUGAAGGAACUCAGCGAUCUCAGCGUCAAUGAAACAACGUAAGCUGAAUAACAGUCCAAGCACACAGAUGAUGAAGGGAAAUAGAGCAAGUCUUCCUCUUUUGAGACCAAGAGGAUUCCUUACGAUAUGACACCAUUCUCUUUAAAGGAACCCAGCGAUCUCGGCGUCAAUGAAACAACGUAAAGCUGACUAACAGUCCAAGCACACAGAUAAUGAAGGGAAAUAGAGCAAGUCUUCCUCCUUUAAGACCAAGAGGAUUCCUUACAAUAUGAAGCACGUUUUCUCAUCGCAUCCAUUGCCCCGCCCAAAACCACCUUAAAGACACCUGCUGAACAUUGACUGUAAGGACCUUGUCACACGAGCAACUUUUACAGGUAACUUUGAGGCAACCAACUUCAGUGCGGGCCUGUAUGCUUCGUUGUGGAAAGGACAAGGAGAACAAGGCAUUUUCUCCUUGGUAAAGGGCACCCUAUGAGUCAACUGUAAACUUCUGUUGGAGACUUUCAAGAACACCAAGGCAUGUAAGCAAUGAAUGUGAUGAAAGUAUCAUGCCCAUCAACGCAUGCUACAGGACUACUUUGGUAGCUAAUGAGUCAUUCUUCAAACAAUGUCAUACAAUCCAAAGAAGAACAGUUUGAACAUACAAAUUUGAAGGCCUUGUGUUCUUGGAGAUUGCCUGUAUUAACUGGUUGCCAGUAAAUUGCUUUGUGUUACAUGGCCCUAAGCGAGGUGAGUUAUAAGAUGAUGAUGGACCUUAGGAGUAUCUUAAGAUGCCGUCUGUGAUUUUACUUUUUGUUAAUAAUCUUAAUUAAUUUAGUUGUAAGCUUGGAAGUUAAUGCGUUUUUUUGUUUUGGCCAUAUCUUUUGUAAAUAUUCCUAUUUUAUAUUUUUGUAUGUAUAAAACGUUUGCAUGUUUAUUUUCUGUAUAUAUGUUGCAGUGAAUUUUUCUGAUAUUUUAUAUAAAACUGAGAUCAAUUUUGUAAAGAAGCAUUUGCUGAGGACUAUG